AUGGCGCUGCGGCGCCUCCUGCUGCUGCUGCUGCCGCUGCUCUCGCUGCAGCCCCUGGACCUGCUGCCCGGCGCCUGGGGCGCCCGCGGCCGCGCCGCCAACCGGACCCUGAGCGCCGGCGCCGCGGCCGUCGGGGGCCGGCGGCCCGGGGGCGCCCUGGCCCGGGGCGGCCGCGAGCUGAACGGCACCGUCCGGGCGCCCGGUGGCCCGGAGGCGGGGAGCCGGCGGGGGCAGCCCGCGGCGGCGGUGGCGGCGGCGGCCAGCGCGCCCGUCACCUACGAGACGUGCUGGGGCUACUACGACGUGAGCGGCCAGUACGAUAAGGAGUUCGAGUGCAACAACAGCGAGAGCGGCUACCUGUACUGCUGCGGCACCUGCUACUACCGCUUCUGCUGCAAGAAGCGCCACGAGAAGCUGGACCAGCGCCAGUGCACCAACUACCAGAGUCCGGUGUGGGUGCAGACGCCCAGCACCAAGGUGGUGUCGCCGGGGCCCGAGAACAAGUACGACCCGGAGAAGGACAAGACCAACUUCACCGUGUACAUCACCUGCGGGGUGAUCGCCUUCGUCAUCGUGGCCGGCGUCUUCGCCAAGGUCUCGUACGACAAGGCCCACCGCCCUCCUCGGGAGAUGAACAUCCACAGGGCUCUGGCCGACAUCUUAAGACAACAGGGACCAAUCCCCAUAGCACACUGUGAAAGAGAAACUAUCUCGGCUAUCGAUAGCUCUCCCAAAGAGAACACGCCGGUCAGAUCAUCCUCGAAAAACCACUACACUCCCGUGCGCACGGCUAAGCAGACUCCAGGACAUUAUGGGAAGGAUGCUUACCGAAGUGGAGGACCUGAUCUCCAUAACUUCAUCUCAUCUGGAUUUGUCACGUUAGGAAGAGGACACACGAAGGGUGAUCAUCAGUAUAACCAUCCGAUUUUAAGCAGCGCUACCCAGACCCCUACACAUGAGAAGCCUCGGAUGAACAACAUCCUGACAUCGGCCACCGAGCCCUAUGACCUCUCCUUCUCCCGCUCCUUCCAGAACUUGGCCCACCUGCCCCCAUCCUACGAGUCCGCAGUGAAGACCCAUCCCAGCAAGUACUCAUCCCUGAAGAGGCUAACUGACAAGGAGGCAGACGAGUAUUACAUGAGAAGGCGGCACCUGCCCGACCUGGCCGCCCGUGGCACCCUCCCCCUCAACGUCAUCCAGAUGUCCCAACAGAAGCCGCUGCCGCGAGAGCGGCCCCACCGGCCCCUCCGGGCCAUGUCUCAGGACAGGGUCCUGUCCCUGGAGCGGGGCCUGCCGGAUGAGUUCAGCAUGCCCUACGACCGCAUCCUGUCGGAAGAGCAGCUGCUCUCCACGGAGCGCCUGCACUCCCAGGACCCGCUGCUGUCCCCGGAGCGGACGGCCUUCCCCGAGCAGUCCCUGUCACGGGCCAUCUCGCACACGGAUGUCUUUGUGUCCACGCCCGUACUGAACCGCUACCGCAUGACCAAGAUGCACUCCCAUCCCAGUGCGUCCAGUAACUCCUGCGCCACCCUGGGCCACAGCCAGACGGCAGCCAAGCGCCAGGCCUUUGCCUCACGCAGACACAACACCGUGGAACAGCUGCACUACAUCCCAGGCCACCACACCUGCUACACAGCCAGCAAGACAGAAGUGACCGUGUGA